AGAAAAAAAGAAGCAAUCUUGAAAUAGGAAAACAACAGUCGUGUGUGGUGCCAUAUGUUGUAGUGACUGCAUUAUCCUUCUUUGUCCCCUUUCCCUUUUCCCCUUUUCUUAACUCUCUUGUUUGGGGUUUCUGGGGAAGAAGAAGAAGAAGAAGAGUAAAGCAAGAACGUAUGAUCUUACCAAUAAGGCGUGUCUUGAUUUUGAAAAAUCUUCGCUAACUGUAAAUCAUUCUUUCCUUGUUGAGCAUGGAGCCAUUUAAAAGACUCGGGAUUCUGAUUGGGCGGUGUACGUAUUUAAUUCUAGUUUUGGCAUUCCUUUUCGCUCAAUUUCUCGUUCCCACCUUCGCUGCCUGCUCCAAUGGCGGUUGUCAGCUUCGGCAAUCGUGCUCGACGCCGACCGACUGCGGCGCCGGACUUUACUGUGGAAAUUGCCCUGCUCUACAGGAAAACGAUCCUUUCUGCGUCAGAGGCCAGGCGACAAUACCGACUUCCAUUCGGGCUGCCUUUCAACAAGUACUCCUGGCUGGUGACUCACAACGCCUUCUCCAUUGUUGAUGCGCCAUUGUUGACUGGUGCGCAGAGAGUCACUUUCUACAAUCAGGAAGACAGUGUUACUAAUCAGCUUAGGAAUGGAGUGAGAGGAUUGAUGCUGGAUAUGUACGAUUUCGAGAAUGACAUAUGGCUCUGCCAUUCUUUCCGCGGCCAAUGCUACAACUUCACUGCCUUCGAGCCUGCAGUUAAUACAUUGAAGGAAGUGGAGGCAUUCUUGGAACAAAAUCCUUCGGAGAUAAUCACGAUCAUAAUCGAAGAUUAUGUUCAUACGCCGAAAGGGCUGACUAAGGUUUUCGGUGAAGCUGGCCUCGACAAGUAUAUGUAUCCAAUUUCGAAGAUGCCGAAGAAAGGUGAGGAUUGGCCAACUGUCAACACCAUGGUGACGAACAAUUAUCGAUUAUUGGUUUUCACGUCUGAUUCUUCAAAAGAGGCGUCGGAAGGAAUUGCGUAUCAGUGGAAGUACAUGGUGGAAAAUGAACCUGGAGAUCCCGGAAUCGGUUCGUGCCACAACAGAAAGGAGUCGAAGCCACUCAAUUCAAGAAGUGCAUCUCUGUUCUUGAUGAACUACUUCCCGACAAUUCCGGUUCAAAAUGAAGCGUGCAAAGAGCAUUCGACGCCGCUUGCAAAUAUGAUCUCCGCCUGUUACAAAUCUUCCGGAGGUCUUAUGCCCAAUUUUUUAGCCGUGAACUUUUACAUGAGAAGCGAUGGAGGAGGCAUUUUCAAUGAUUUGGAUCGAAUGAACGGCCAGACAUUAUGCGGGUGUAGUAGUAUCUCAGCUUGCCAGGCAGGAGCACCGUUCGGGAGCUGCAAAGCCAUUGCUGCAUUGAACUCAUCUGCUACGACUCCGGACUCUUCCGGAAGCUUCUCAGGGUCGGUUCAGUUAACAGGAGAUGCUCCGGCAAUCAAAGUUUCUGCAUCAUUCGCACUCUGCGUGAUGCCAUUCCUUGUAAGCUUAUUUAUAUAUUAAUCCGAGAACUGAACAAGGAAGUCUAAGUUUCCCUUGCACCUUUACAUUGUAGUCAUUGGAAGUUUUCACGAUAUAUAUUUUAUAUAGUUUACGCAAUUCUGUCUGGGUUCGAAGUUAUCAACAUUUGUACGACAUAGGAGUUUUGCAUAAAGUGUAACGAAAUCGAAGAGUUCAAGUGUAAGUUAGUCCAUGUUUACCAUUGUAUCCUGAAAUUUGGCUUUAGCCAUUGUUUAUUACUUGCUUUUGGAUGCAUCCCUCA